AUGAUCAUGCACUCCCCACCAGUGCGGAAAUACCCUUCAGACAUUCAAAGGCCUGGAGGUGAGGUUCCUGUGACCCUGGCUCUACCCACUGACAGCUCCAUUUCAGGCUCUGAUAAGGACGUCUAUUUCAACUUGACCCUGAAGACCAUGAUGGGCAUGGAGUGGGUCCACCACCUUUGUCCUCAGGCAACUUUUGUGAUGAAAACUGACUCCGACAUGUUUGUCAAUGUUGGCUAUCUGGCGGAGCUGCUGCUAAGGAAAAACAAAACAACCAGAUUCUUCACAGGCUACAUAAUGCACAGUAAUUUUGUCAUUAGGUCGACAUUGAGCAAGUGGUUUGUAAGCAAAUUUGAAUAUCCGUGGGACAAGGACCCAUCUUUCUGCUCAGGCACUGGCUAUGUCUUGUCCACUGACGUGGCAAGAGAGGUGUACAGGGUCUCAGAAAGUGUCCCAUUCCUCAAGCUAGAGGAUGUGUUUGUGGGACUCUGCCUGGCCAAGCUGAAGAUCAGGUGGGAGGAGCUCCAUUCCAAGCCGACCUUCUUCCCAGGUGGCUUACGUUUCUCCGUGUGUCGUUUUCAGAAAAUCGUGACCUGCCACCAUGUCAUGCCCCACGACCUACUCAACUACUGGCAGGCGCUAGAGCAUUCCCGGGAAAAAGAUUGUGUGGCUUCCUGA